CUGAGCGCGCACGGCUCGCGAGUCCUCCGCCCGCCAGUCCGCCUGCCCGUGACCCAUGUCCCGCCGCAAGGCCGGCUGCAUGCCUCGCCGAUUAGAGCCCUCGCCCGCCGCCAACUCAGACGACGAGAUGGAGAUGCCCGACCUCGUCAUCGAUGUGAAGCCCGAGCCGGACCUGCGGCCCCUACAGGCCCCGGGGCUAGGGCCCUUCAAGCCGAAGGAAAUGCCCGCGCCGGGGCGGUUCGAGGGCGAAACCCGCCACUCCCCCGGCCCCGUGCUCGCCGGCGGCCUCAUCCACGCCCUCGGCCUGCGCAACCAGUGGGCACCGUGGACGCCGCUGACCCCGAGCCCUCCCGACCGCCAGCCGUGGACCGACAAACACCCAGAUCUGUUGACCUGCGGCCGCUGCCUGCAGACCUUCCCGUUGGAGGCCAUCACUGCUUUCAUGGACCACAAGAAGCUGGGCUGUCAGCUCUUCAGAGGCUCCAGCCCCUGCCAGGGCUCAGAGCGCGAGGACCUGAAGGCCUUGAGCUGCCUCCGCUGUGGCCGACAGUUCAUGGGAGCCUGGAAACUGCUGCGCCACGCCCAGUGGGACCACGGACUGUCCAUCUACCAGACGGAACCCGAGGCCCCGGAGGCCCCGCUGCUGGGCCUGGCCGAGGUGGCCGCGGCCGUGUCGGCAGUGCUAAGGCCAGAAGCCGAGGCCAAGGGAUCCCGGGUGGGACCCACUCGGCGGAGCCCCACGUGCCCCGUGUGCAAGAAGACCCUCAGCUCCUUCAGCAACCUCAAGGUGCACAUGCGCUCACACACGGGCGAACGGCCCUACGCCUGCGACCAGUGUCCCUACGCCUGCGCCCAGAGCAGCAAGCUGAACCGACACAAGAAGACCCAUCGGCAGCUGCGGCCCCAGAGCCCCUGCACAGCCGACGCCAGUCAGGAGCAGGCCUCUGCCGCCCCUCCGGAGCCGGCCGCCCAUGCUGCCGCCCCCGCCAGCAUCCUCCCGUGCAGGGGCGGAGAGGGGGCUGGAGCAGCCGCCACGGCAGGGCUCCAGGAACCCGGGGCUCCUGGCGGUGGGGCUCAGGCGGGCCCGGGUGGUGACGGCUGGGGAGCAGACACCAAGGAGCGGAGAGCUAACCCCGAGAAGAGCCAGAAGACGUCGCCCAAGAAGACGCCAAAGCCAGUGGGCAAGAGCCGGGGGCCCGGGCCCGGGGGCAGCUGCGAGUACUGCGGGAAGCAUUUCACCAACAGCAGCAACCUGACGGUGCACCGGCGCUCGCACACGGGCGAGCGGCCCUAUGCCUGCGAGCUCUGCUCCUACGCCUGCGCCCAGAGCAGCAAGCUCAACCGCCACCGCCGCAUGCACGGCCUAGGGCCCGAUGGGCCCCGCUUCGAGUGCCCCCACUGCUGCGUGCCCUUCGGCCUGCGGGCCACCCUGGACAAGCACCUGCGGCAGAAGCACCCUGAGGUGGCUGGGGACGCCUGAGCCUCGGGAAUGCCCCCCCCCCGCCAUACCCUGAACCACUGUAAACCACUUCUGUGACAUCCCCCCCGCAAGUAAAUCCUC